AUGUUUUAAAUUAUUCUCACCAUUUUUACUUUUAUUUUGUUUUAAACUUUCAAAUCAAAAACUUGCUCUUAUUAAGAUGAAAUUCAAGAAGUAUUCAUAAAUUUAUCAGAUUAAGAAAUAGUUUUUAUUCCUUUUAAGGAUUAUUUUUAACCUCCUUAUUUAUUAUCUUUUUGUAAUCUCAACUCAAAAAAUGAUGUUAAAUUAGUUGAUAGUAUUGAACUUUUCGAGUAAUAUGACCUAAAGUAAAAGGAUUUUAAAAUAAAUUAAGUCAAACAAUACAAAACAUCAAGAAAUAGAAUGCCAUAAUAAAAUUAUUUAGUUAUUGUCACAUAUUCUCUAGUAUUAGUGGGUAAAUUUAUUUGGGGUUAGAACCCUGAAUUUUCAGUUAUUUUUAAUCAUCUUAAAUAAAAGUUCAAUAGUGUUAACUUAAUAGAUAAUAUAGUAUUCCUAAAUUUUGAGACCUCAUCUGAUAUUAUAGACAUUUCUAAAUAAUUACCUAUUUCCUUAAAAACUUUUAACAAUUUAGGAUGUAAAUAUUCUGAAAAUUCAGAUUAAUUGAACGAUAGUAUUUUUAUGACUGAUAUAAGUAAUAUAUACAUUCAUUAAAAUAUUUAAAAUCAGGAUAUAUGUUAAGCUAAAAAACUUCAGCUUGAAUGUUCUAUUGACAAUACUUAAUAAAAUCCAAUUAAGAAAUAAAUAUACAAUUUGAAAACUUAUCCAGAUAAUCUUUUAAUUUUUAAUAGUUAAUUAAUUUUAGCCACAAUUGAUCUAAAUUAAGAAAUAAUGAUUUGCCAAGAAUAAUAAUAUGCAAUCUUAGCUUAUGAUUAUGAUUAGAUUAAAAAGAUAUUUGUUGUUGUAUCAAAUUCAUAACUAUAGUAUGAUGGUUAUACUUAUGAAUUAAUGUUUCAAGAAGAAAAUUUAAUAAUUUAAGUAUUUCUUACUAAAAGUUUUAUUAUUUUUCGAAAUAAAUAUUAAAUUUCUCUCUUUACGAAAAAGCUUAAUCUUAUAUAGACUAAAUAUUUUGAGUAUGAAUUUGAAAUUUUGGUUAAUUAGCUUUUAGAUUAAUUUAUAUUGAUAAGCUUAACUCAUUUUAAUAGAUAUUUACUUUAUGAAAAUCCAUUUAUUCAAUUUAAUUGGGAGAAAAUUCUAACUACCAGUUUUUACUUAUAAAUUGAAAAUUAAUUAACUGAAUAAAGUGUAGUUUUUCUUGCUGAAUCUCAUUACUCUCUAAAUAAUGGAAAUGUAGAUUUGAAUAAAAUUAAAUAAGUUUCCACUCUUAAAAAUGGUAAUAUAAUUAAUUUUGAAGAAUGCAAUUAUGAAUAAAUUAAGAUAGAUCCAAAAUAUUUUAUUUAAUUUAAUCGUAUCUUAAAAGCUUUUAGUCAUCAAAUAAGAAUAUUUGAUUUUUCUGGAUUUAAAUUUUUAUAUGCAUAUUCUAAAUCUUUUAUCUAUCUUGGAUUGAUUUAAAAUGGUAAUUUACAAAAUUUUAGAUAAUACACAAUUUAGGAUGAAAUCAUUACUAAAUAAAAUUGUGCUUAUUAAAAUUAAUAAAUGAAGAUUAAUUAAGUUCAUUGUUAUAAUAAUCGAUGUUAUAUUUAUUAUGACAUCAUGCAGAAUUACAAUUAGGAUGAAAUUUUGGUUAUUGGAUAAAAUCAAAUUUAAAAAGUUGUAUCAGAUAAUAAUCAUUUUUAUGUAUUAGUAUCUAAAUAAGUUCUUUUUUUCAAUUUAUAAAAAAUUAAUUAACGCAAAUUAGAAAAUUUAGAUUUUAAAACAAAUGUUAAAGAUAUUUAUGCAUCACCAAAAAAAGAAGAUUUUUUAUUUGUUUUAAAUGAGGAAGGUAUUUUAUCUUUAUAUAGUAUUUCCUUACCAUUUUAGGAUUGGUUAUCUAGUUUCAAAGUAGGUCAAGACUAAAUAGAAGAUUUUAUUAUUUUUGAAGAAUAUUUUCUUAUAUUUAGCAAUUCAAGUAAUUCAAUUGUAUGUAAGGUUUACAAUUAUUAAAAUGAAUUAAGAAUUUUUGAAUAGAGAACAUUACCAUUAUACUUCUUUAAUGAAAUAUUUUUAGAUGAUUUAUAAAUUGAUUAUGAUUAAAAUUUAUUGUUUGUGAAAGGUUAAAUAAAAUAAUCUAAUCAAUAUGCUAUAGUAACAUAUAAAAUUGAUUCUAGAAUUGAAUUUGCUUUUUAAUUUAUAGCAAAAGUCAUAGAUUAUUCAGGUUUCUUAUUGCCAAUAUCUAACUAAAUGAUUUUAAGAUUUUAAACCAAAUUUAAUUUCACUUCUAUCUAUUAUAAUGGUGAUAAACAUAAAAUAUGUUUAAUAACUAAUUUUCAUGAAAAUGAAGAUUCUUUUAUGGAUGAUGAAGAUUCUUCUUCUGAUAUGGAAAGUGAUUUUGAUGAUACUCUAUCUUUAGACGAAAGUUAUCAAUUUUCUCCUGGUUCAUUCAUUAGUAUAUCAUCUGCUGGAGAACUUCUUAUUUUAGGAUUACAAUCAGUCUAUAGUAAAAAAAGAAGACAAGUAGAUGCUAAUGAUUUUUAAUUAAUUUGA